AUGUGGUUUAGUGAAUUGCUUCUAGUGGCAGUCACAGCAGAACUUGCGGAGAUCCAUUCACAAACUUCUGAGGAAAAAACCGUGAAUUUUGUAACACAAGCUGAUUUGAAACCAUGCACACCAUUUCCUCGUCUCAGUUAUUGUGAUGCCAUGCGACUUUAUGGUAGCGACAAGCCAGAUAUGAGAAUCCCUUGGCAAAUAGAGGACUGCUCGGAACAACUUGAUUUCAUGCGAGGAGAAAACGUCAACAAUGGCUGGGUAGCGCGAUUGAUUGUUUGCAAGGGACAAGCGAACAAAGUGAGAACGGCUGUAAAGAAGGAGUUCAAGCGGAUUCUGGAUAUGAAUGAAAACUCUCGUCCAUUCGCCAUAUUUGAUAGAAGAAAGGAAUUAUGGUUCAAAACAAUCCCCAAUUCUGUAUUUGUGGAACGUUAUGGUGUCGAGAACGAUGAUUGCGUGGAUUUUCAGGUCACUGGGGAGAUGAGGAGGGUGUGCAAUGGACUCUCGGCCAGUUACGCAAUCUCAUGGCCAGUGUUGCAGGUCUUCGAAAGCAGCGCAAGGUAA